AUGAGACAAAAUGACCAGAAGAUCUUGGAAUUCACCAACAAGAUCAUUCAGCUGCUGACUGGAGAGGUAGAACAUCUGUCUGAUAUUAAAACAGAAGAUACAGAUGGAGAAGAAGAGACGUAUGUGACUGAUAUAAAGAAACCCAAUGGAUCUCAUCGACCUAUGGUAAACCUCAGAUUUCUCAAGUAUGUUAGAGUACCCAAGAUCCUUAUGGAAACACUACGCUCCAUUGUUCUAGCAAUGGAGCGGGGGGAUUUCAUGUCCAGAGGCUCUUCCUGGCCCCGGAAAAAGUUACAGCAGUGGAUACACCACUUGCUCAGCAGUCAUCAUGUGUCUUUACAUUCGGCCAUGCAAGCAUUUGGAUCCAUGGUCUCCAGCUUCCACAUGGUGAAGUACGCCCAGUUCCACUCCAGGCCUCUACAACACCUGAUCCUGACCUGGAUGAAUGGACAACCACAUCAGUUCAGGUCCCAGACGAUAAUCCUCUCUCAGAAGCUCCUGCUACACAAGUGGGGCCAGCCGGAUGUGAACCUCAUGGCCUCCAGACACAACAACAAGGUUCCAGUAUAUGAAUCCAUGACAAGAGUUCCUGAGGCAGCCUUCAUGGAUGCCCUGGCCAUGCAGUGGACCUUCCAUCUGCCAUAUGUUUUCCCUCUGGUUUCACUUUCUCCGAAGUUCAAACAAGAAGGAGCUCUGACAGUAGAUAUAGAGUUUCCCUGUUCUAUAGAUGCCAAAUGUUUUACACAGCACACAAAGUUUAUUACCCAUCAGCCUGCUAAGACAGGUGAGAAGCCAUUUCCAUGUUCUGAGUGUGGGAAAUGUUUUACACUGAAAUCAAAUCUUGUUACGCAUCAGAGAACUCACACAGGUGAGAAGCCAUUUUCCUGUUCUGAAUGUGGUAAAUGUUUUACACAGAGCUCAAAUAUGAUUAAACAUCAGAGAACUCAUACAGGCGAGAAGCCAUUUUCCUGUUCUGAGUGUGGGAAAUGUUUUUUAAUUUCACAUCACAGAACUCACACAGGUGAGAAGCCAUUUUCCUGUUCUGAGUGUGGGAAAUGUUUUUUAAGAAAAUCAAAUCUUAUUACACAUCUGAGAAGUCACACAGGUGAGAAGCCAUUUUCCUGUUCUGAGUGUGGAAAAUGUUUUUUAAGAAAAUCGGAUCUUAUUACACAUCAGAGAAGUCACACAGGUGAGAAGCCAUUUUCCUGUUCUGAAUGUGGGAAAUGUUUUUUAAGUAAAUCAAAUCUUAUUGCACAUCAGAGAAGUCACACAGGUGAGAAUCCAUUUCCAUGUUCUGAGUGUGGGAAAUCUUUUUUAUGUAAAGCACAUCUAGUUUCACAUCAGAGAAGUCACACAGGUGAGAAGCCAUUUUCCUGUUCUGAGUGUGGGAAAUGUUUUAUAAGUAAAUCAAAUCUUAUUACACAUCAGAGAAGUCACACAGGUGAGAAACCAUUUCCAUGUUCUGAGUGUGGGAAAGGUUUUUUAAUUAAAGCACAUCUUGUUGGACAUCAGAGAAGUCACACAGGUGAGAGGCCAUUUCCAUGUUCUGACUGUGGAAAAUGUUUUACUUGGAAAUCAUGUCUUGUUACACAUCAGCAAAGUCACACAGGUGAGAAGCCAUUUCCAUGUUCUGAGUGUGGGAAAUGUUUUGGCCGGAAAUCACAACUUGUUAGACAUCAGAGAACUCACACAGGUGAGAGGCCAUUUCCAUGUUCUGACUGUGGAAAAUGUUUUACUUGGAGAUCAAGUCUUGUUACACAUCAGCAAAGUCACACAGGUGAGAAGCCAUUUCCAUGUUCUGAGUGUGGGAAAUGUUUUGCCCGGAAAUCACAUCUUGUUAUACAUCAGAGAAGUCACACAGGGGAGAAGCCAUUUCCAUGUUCUGAGUGUGGGAAAUGUUUUGCAGACAAACCAGAGCUUGUUAGACAUCAGAGAAGUCACACAGGUGAGAAGCCAUUUCCAUGUUCUGAGUGUGGGAAAUGUUUUGCAGACAAACCAGAGCUUGUUAGACAUCAGAGAAGUCACACAGGUGAGAAGCCAUUUUCUUGCUCUGAGUGUGAGAAAUGUUUUUCACGGAAAUCACAUCUUGUUGAUCAUCAGCGAAGUCACACAGGUGAGAAGCCAUUUCCAUGUCCUGAGUGUGGGAAAUGUUUUGCAGACAAAUUACAUCUUGUUAGACAUCAGAGAAGUCACACAGGUAAGAAGCCAUUUUCUUGCUCUGAGUGUGGGAAAUGUUUUGCCCAGAAAUCACAACUUGUUAGACAUCAGCUAAGUCACACAGGUGAGAGGCCAUUUCCAUGUUCUGAGUGUGGGAAACGUUUUGCCCUGAAAUCAGAUCUUGUUAAACAUCAGAGAAGUCACACAGGUGAGAAGCCAUUUUCUUGCUCUGAGUGUGGGAAAUGUUUUACACAGAACUCAUAUCUUGUUAUACAUCACAGAAGUCACACAGGUGAGAAGCCAUUUCCAUGUUCUGAGUGUGGGAAAUGUUUUAGACAGAAAUCACAUCUUGUUACACACCAGAGAAAUCACACAGGUGAGAAGCCAUUUUAAUCUUCUGGAGUAUACUUAUUAUUGCCAUGCGUUGUUCUUCAAGGUUCUUAUCCUAUGUCCUGUGCUUUUUGCAAUAUACAUGCUACCACUGGGUGAAAUAAUCAGAUGUCAUGCCCUCAUCUACCACUGCUAUACAGAUGAUCUGUCUUUUGUUCUGGGUACUGAGAACCCAGUACCAAUCCUAAAUGUCUAGCUGAGCUCCAGGUGUGGGUGUUGCCAGUUGGCUGUGACUCAAUCCUGGUGAAACAGGUCCUUAUGCUAGCUCACCAACAAAGGACAGGGCUACAGCUCAGCUUUGUUACCAACCAGACUUACGCUUGGGGGUUCAGGUUUACAUAAUGCUGAUCCUGUGCAGAAUCUUGGUGUCCUGGAUGGUGGAGUGACACUUAGACAUCAGUAUCUGCCACAAUCAGAUCCUCAUUUGAGGAACAUAGUCAGACUCCAGCACUUUAUUCCCUCAGAAAAUCUACCUACAGUCAUACAUGCUCUUGUAUCAUCACACAUAGACUACUGCAAUGUCCUCUACCUGGGUCUCCCAGCAAUAGAAUUGCACCGGUUGUAGCUUGUACAGAAUGCAGCAGCCAGGCU